CUCUAAAGUUUUGCUCUGGCCAAACACGUCAAUAGUAGAGAUUUUGGACUACGAUUCGUGCAAAACACUAAAAAAGAAAAGGCCAUCGAAAACGCCGCCGCCGCCUCUGAUGCUUUCCGCCGUGCGAUGUGGUGCCCUUCGCCGGUGGCGCCCGCCGCCGCACCUCCUCCCACGCAUCCUUUCCUCCUCCUUUGGUACAUCUCCCGCGCGACCACAGGUGGGGGCGCUGCUGGAGCUCCCGGAGGUGGAGAAGGUACUGCGCGACGUACGAGCGGGUGACGUGCGCGUAUUCCCCGUCGGCGAGAGCGGUCUGCACGGCGGGGCCUGCGCCGACUACAUGGUCGUCGCCACAGGCCGCUCCGAUUGGCACGUCCGUAACAUCGCGCAGGCGCUCCUCUACAAGAUAAAGCAAAAGCAGAAGGGCUCUGAUAGAAUAUUGAUGCCAAGUGUAGAAGGUCAGCAAGCGGGAAAAUGGGUUGUCAUUGAUUCUGGAAGCAUAAUCAUCCAUGCACUUGAAGAAAGGGCAAGAGAGUAUUAUGAUUUAGAGAGCAUUUGGUCAAAAGAGGUGUCCCCUAACACUUCCAUUCAGGAGUUGGAGACCUCGCUGGUGAAGACACGUCGCCGGAACCUAUCACAGAAACCCAUGAAGAGCAUCUGAACUAGGGGAUCUGGUACGAUGAUCCGUGAACCGAGAUAAAUUACGGGAGGUCGAGCUUUUAUCUCUUUCCAUUUUGUAGCAUCUUUUACUUACCUAAACUUGUCUUAUUAUGGUGGUAGUUAAUGUAAGAUUCACUGCAAACAUUACUGAGUUCACCAUGGCGUAAAUCCAGUCUCACAUGAGUCAUCUAGU